AUGUCGGACGAUUCAGUCCUCAUCCACCUCCCCCUCGCCUCCCCCGGUCACAACGCUCCCGCCACCAAAAUGUCUCUCGACGAUCCCUCCGCACCGAUUUCCCUCUUCGCGCCGCAAAUCAGCCCCGCGCCGCCGCUCUGGGCGGCGCUCGACGCCAUGCACGGGCUCGACCCGGGCGGCGCGAACGCGUGCUUCACCUCGUCGGAGCGCCUCUCCGACACGGAGUUCGCCGACGACUUCGAUCCGUCAUCUCCUCCCGGCCCGUCAUCUUUUCUGACGGCCGCCGACGACAUGGAGGCGCGCCUCUCCCGCCCGUCCCCGCACACGCGGAUCCCGGAGGCGGAAACUCCGCGCAAGAGCGGGGGCGGGGGGGCGGGAGGGGAUGGCGCAGGCGGAAUGUGCUGGUCGCCGGCGUGGCUGCCGAGCGAAGACGACAUUUUCAAUGACCCAAUCAGCGGCGACAGCACAAUGCUGCACGAAGCGCCGCCUUUUGCGGGAAACAGCGGCGGGAGCGGCGGAAGCCGCGGGUACCAAGGAGAAAGCGGACCGGGGAUGGGCGCUGGGGCGAUGCCCGCCGGAUCUGGCGGCGGUAAUCGUGGGAUGGGGGGUAUGAGUGGCGGGAAUAGUCCGUUUGGAGUUAAUCUGUCCGGGACGGACUCUGCGGGUUUGCUGCUCUCGCGCACUUCGCCGAUGCCUGGGAUGACCGUGCAGGAUCUAAUCAUGGCUGUUGAUUCGGUGAGCUUCGCCACCCCUGCGCCGCACGGCAGCCGGGCGAUCGGCGGCGGAUCGGACGGAACGUCGUUCAACAACACCCUUUCGUACACUAACGGGCCGUCUAGCAACAACGCGCCGUCAUCUUACACCAAUGCGCCCUCCUACACUAACGGCCCGUCUUACCCCGCCAACCAAUCACCGGAGCCUUGGUCCCUCACCUCCUAUUACGACACGCCCGUUUCCGAUAUCCUCUGCGAGACCGGCCAGGCCUCCACGUGUCCGUCUUCCAUUGGCCCGUCGUCCACAUCGGAUGUUCGUGUCUCCCCAACGCCUCAGAGCGACCUGUUUCCGGGAAAUGCUGGUCCCGCUCCGAUCGCCUGCUCGCCUAGUACUUAUCGCGGGCUGGCUUAUAACGAGGCUCGGCGGGCAGUGCGGGGCAACCUGAUGGACCACCACUCCUCCCUCGCGCCCCUCACCCUGCAGCAGAAGCGACCAAUGCACAGCCAGCAGCAGAAGCACCCGCAGCAGCCGCCGCAGCAGGUGCAGCAGCCCCAGCAGCAGCAGCAGCAGCAGCCACAGCAGCAGCCACAGCAGUCGCAAACGCUGCCCCUUCUACCUCCCCCCUCUCGCCCUCUCCUCUCAACGCACCCUACCCUCCUCCGCUCCCCAUCAGCACCACCCUGCACUCCCCCAUCCGCCACCACUUCAACCAUCACUGCUGCUCCAACCGCCCCUGCCCCUCCUGCUCCUUCUGCUGCUCCUGCUGCUCCUGCUACUCGCGCCCUGGUCCUCCCACCCCUGACUGCUGCACCUUCAGCAGCCCGUCCCCAAGACGUCAGCAGGCAUGCCAGCAGCACUAGCAACGCACCCAUGACUGUGAAGGAAGAAGCGACCGGGGCAGGCUCACCUGGGGGAGGUGCAGGUGCCUCUAGAGCAGGUGCAUCUGUGGACCUGACGUGCGAGGAGGACGAAUUGAAACUGAGCCUGGAUGCUGCAGAGGAGACUGAGGGUGGGGGGGCAGCAGGAGCAGGAGGAGGAAAGGGAGGCGCAGUCAAGCAAGCAACAUUGACAAACGACCCUAACCCCGCAGGGCACAGCGACACGGUGAUGCAGCUGCAGUAUGCGGGAGGCAACGGGCCGCUGGGCUUUGGAUACAAGAUGGUUCCGCGCAGCGCUUCAAUCACCACCACCCCCUCCUCCCUCCCCUCCCUGGGCGCUGGCGCUUCAUCAGCACCAGGUUCCGCCUCAGCUGCUGCUGCUGCUGCUGCUGCUGCUGCUGCUGCUGCACAAGCGGCACGGGGAGCGGGCGACAUGGGCGGGUUUAUGGAUGAUAUGGAGGAGGAUGAUGAGGAGGAUAUGAUGGGGGGUGGAUCAGGGUACAGCCGCAAGCGGGGGUUUGUGCAGAACGCUGCGGCGUCGGCAGCGAGGAAGCGGCGGCACGACAUGAACCACCGCGUCAAGCGCCUGCUGGACCUCGUGCCCGUCUCCAAUAAGAGAGACACGGCAGCCAUGCUGCUGGAGGUGAUACAGCUAGUGCAGUCCACCAUCGCUCAGAUUAAGGAAAUAACGCUGGGAGAGGACUGCCCACCUGCAGAGCGUGCAUGUGGGGUGUGCAAGGAGGAGCCGCUCUCGUCCCUCACCCACCACGCUCCUGCCUCCUCUGUUAGUGCUAAGUGUGCUAAUUUUGUGGCGGCUAAGGUGGUCGUUCCGGAUUUUCAGGUGUAG